CUCGGUUACGAGCAAUGAGGGGGCGGGUAGUUCGUGCCUCCUGGCAGCGCCAGCAGUAGUGCCGCCGCCGCCGCUGUGGCCCCUGAAGGCGGCCCCGGCGAUCGGCAAGCGUCGCCUUCGGCCAGCGGCGGCUGAAGCGCUCCCCUUCUUUGCCUCCCUUCCGCCCUUUUCCCUCCUGGUUUAAGCCAUGGCGGUGCCGGAAGAUGCUGUGGCGGCGGCGGCCGCCGCAGCAGGGUGACGCCCGAGGCGGCGGAUGAGCGGCGGCGGACAGAGUCUGGCGUGGGAAGAGGAUGCGGGAGUACAAGGUGGUGGUGCUGGGCUCGGGCGGGGUGGGGAAGUCGGCGCUCACCGUGCAGUUCGUCACAGGCACUUUCAUCGAGAAGUACGACCCCACCAUCGAGGACUUCUACCGCAAGGAGAUCGAGGUAGACGCCUCCCCGUCGGUCCUGGAGAUCCUCGAUACAGCUGGCACCGAGCAGUUCGCCUCCAUGCGGGAUUUGUACAUCAAGAACGGGCAGGGCUUCAUCCUGGUCUACAGCCUCGUCAACCAACAGAGCUUCCAGGACAUCCGCCCCAUGCGCGACCAGAUCAUCCGCGUCAAGAGAUACGAGAAGGUACCUGUAAUCUUGGUUGGAAAUAAAGUGGACCUGGAGAGUGAGAGAGAAGUUUCAUCAAGUGAAGGUAGAGCUCUGGCUGAAGAAUGGGGUUGUCCUUUUAUGGAGACAUCUGCUAAAAGCAAAACAAUGGUGGAUGAGCUCUUUGCAGAGAUUGUCAGACAGAUGAACUAUGCCUCUCAACCAGAUAAAGAUGACCCAUGCUGCUCUGCAUGUAAUAUACAAUAGCAUUUCAAGGAUGGAAUUGGACCUAAUUUGCUGUAUUUUGGGUAAGGUGACAGAAUAGACUAUUUCACUUUGUGAUUUAAAAUUGGUUCUCUUGGGCUAAAAUCCAAAGUGUAGUAGCACUGAACCUCCAAGUGAAACAUAGAUAUUGAUCAAUUUAAUAAAAAAUUGAGGAUAAGCUUCACUUGCCUGCAGCACAUCUUCUGCAUGUACUAUUCUCUGGCUUAGCCAACAGAUUUACAGGGUGAGCACAAUCAGUGCAUGUUGGCUUGUCAGGUAACAGCUACUGCUUUAAAUUAAGAGAAGUUUUUGGUGAAAAGGAGAGCACCAGCAAAGACCUUUUGCACUCUGCAUAUUCUGUACUGAUAAGUAAAGAUUUAACAAAAUGUACCUACUUACUGAAUUUCAGGACUUUAUCACUUGUGGCCAAAUCAGUCCAAUAUGCUAAUUUCAUUUUUGACACAAGUGUUGGUAAAUUUAUUGGCAAACUGAUAUAGUUCUCUGUUAUUUCCUUUAUAUUCAUUAUUUUCUGUUAUCCCAUAAUGCAAAAAGGAAAAUACUCCAUCCGUACUUGAACUUAAAGAGAGAAGCUCUGAAAAAAAAUCAACAGCUUAUAAAGAGAACAUAGCAACCCUAGAAUGUGUUAAAUAUUCUGCAUUGUUGCUCAGAAAAUGGUGGAUUGCUUCAACUGCUGUUCAGUCAAGAAACCAAACCAGCCCUUGCUUUACGGAGCAGGAAAUGCAUUAAGCGCUUUACUGAUCCAGGAAGAAGCAACCACGAUGGGGUAAAGAGAAUUGUUUGGCCUUACUAAUGAGGAACAUUGCUAGCACAUUAACAAGCACCACCUUGUAAGGAAAAUGAAGCCAUGUUGUAUCCAGAUGUUCCUUUUUGCAGAAACCUCAUGGGGGCUGUAAAAGCAUCCUGCAUUUUUUAGUUUAAAGAUACCAGUUUAUUUCUGCCUUUAAGGGCUGUGUCUUUGACGUGAUAUUGUGGAAUUUAAUUUUGCCAUUUUAAAUCUUUAAUGUUGGCAAUUCUGGUUAACUCUGUAGAAUUACUUUGACUCAGAAGUUGAAUACAAAAUAUUUUAAUUCCAUGUGGGAAUGAGAAAAGGAUUUGUGUCUUCAAUUGCCUAACAUGCUAGUCAGGUGCUGCCAUAAAGUGAUCCUGUUGCCCUGGUUAUUGCUGUGACAAGUAGUGAGUGAAAACAUUGUUUUUAAAUGGUGCUCAGCCUCUGAUUUUAUUUUAAAUAGCAGUGAAAUACUUAAAAUUUGCAUGACUAACAGCACCAAUUAUAUCUAUUGUGUCUUACAAUCCAGAAAGUUUCCAAUCAGAAAGUCUAAGAUUGAAAUGGUGGAAUGAUAAUGGACCUUGAUGGAUAAAUUGGCCUUUAAAAUACAAUACCAUUGAGCCUGUGGUCCAAAUACUAUCCUGCAAUUUGGUCUCUCUAUCUUGUGAAGUAGCUCUGUAAUUUCUUGUGUAGAUGAGUGGAAAGGAAUGUAUGUGCUGUGUGUGGGUGUGAGUGUGUUGGUGGGUGCAACUUUUUACAAAUGCUGUAAUGAAUUUGAGUUCUGAGAUCUUGUCUCGAUCAGCAGAAAACAAACUGCAAUCUAAAGGGUAUUAAAAGCAAAUGAAUUUUAAAAGCGUUUUUAAAAAAACGUUAACAACACUUGGCCACUUUAUAUCUUACACAGUAGAACACAUUUAAUUUCGAUCAGAUCAGUUUUUAAUAAUUAUGGAUGAUUAUUGGCCUUCGUCCUUGAAUUAGUUUCCCUUCAUAAGAAAGCAAAGAGUUGUCAUUUAAACAUGAGGUCCUAUUUUAGAAAUGUAAUUCCUUCCCAAACCACUUUCUCAGCUCUGGGAAUUAUUAGACUUUAGUGCAUCUCAUAUUGGCAACUUCCAUGUAUUAAGGUAAGAAUUAUGAAUUACAAUUUCUAAAUUCUUUUAGAAGAAAUAUUAUGCAGCACUAGCUUUGAAGAAAAUAAUUAAUUUCACUGAUCAAAUACAAAUGAAAUAAACAGGUAUAGAAGAAUGUUGAUUGCAUCUUACACUGAUUCCCAAAAUAUGUCCUGUAUUGCAUGUCAGAUUAUUUGAUGUAAGAAAAAUGAGGGGCAUAAAUGGCAUUUCUUAUUUUUGUUAAGGCACUAUUUUGAUAGGAAGUCUUUGUGUUAUUUGAAAACAUACACAAAAGUACUUCCUAGUGCAUAAUGUUCUUUUACAGGCUAAACAUACAUUCACACAAAAGUAGGUGAUAUGCUAAUUCCAAGAACUCAUUUAUAUGCUACUUAGAUUCUGUCACUGAGUGGUAUAUUUGACCAAAAUGUUUUAAAUCAACAGAGGGAUAUUUAAGGCUACCAUUAAUUAUGUUUGUGUGGAUUCCCUCUCUCCCAUGUUGUGUGUUUAGACCAGCAGAGUUAGUGGCAGCUAAAGGAGGUUCCUAGUGCCAAUGCAAGAGUGUUCCUUUGUCAAUUCCCUAUCCUUUCUUCACAAUUUGUAGCGGUGGGCGACUUUGUCAUUUUCUGGCCAUCGCUGUGUUAGUAAAGAUCAUCUUGCCAUUGGCUAUCCCAGAAUAUGGGUUUUAAAAAAAUAGAUCAAAGCAGGCAUAUUAAUCUGGGCUACAUGGUCACUCUGACUCUGUGCCCCUGAAUAUAUAGCUAUGUCACCAUUCAAGCAUACAACCUGUAACCUCUAUAAAGUAAUGAUGACAUUUUCCCAUCUAUCUGCUCAGCAAUAUUAUAUGCCUUGGGAGUUGCUUGUCAAGAAUAACUACCCAUCCUAAUCAGAUCCAUUAGUAAUAACCUGGGAGGGAGGGCUAACAUGCCUUAAAAUAUUAUCAGUUCAUCCAAAGACCCACAGUUCGUUGUGUAGAGCUUUGUAUUUUUGUGCAGCUGUCAGUUCCUCAUUUCCUUUGAAACUGGUUAGGCAAACAUCUGUUCAGAAUGUUUUUUAAGAUGAUUCAGUACACAUGCAAACGCUGUCUUGAUAGCAAUUUCUGCGGACUUUCUCAUCUGGUAGUACUGACAAUAGAUACAGUGUAUCCCUUUUUUAAAGAAUUGGCAUUAUAUUUUUGUCAGCAAACAUGUUAGUAUUUUCUGUGUCACAUAUGCUGCCUAAAGGCUUAGGGUGAGGUGACACAUGGUCUUUCAUCAACAUACAACUGAAAUAACUGCGAAACUCCAUGAUAAAGCAAAUUUGGCAACUUCAGGAUUUUACUGUGCAUUAUUCCUUUAUGAGUUUUUGAUCAGGAGUUUAAAAAGGGAUUGCAGUGUGUUUUUGCAAACUAGAUUUAACCAUUGACAAUUUGAUUUCUAGAGCUGAAUAAACAUAUUUAACAAUUGAUUGUUGACCUGUUACAACUGAUAAAUGAAAAAAAUUACAUUUUAUAAGGUAUCAGUUGUUUAAAUCAAACUAUUUCAAAAUCAAUCAAAUUGUACAUAGAACUCAAUGCAAACUCAGCAGUUGUAUCUGGAGUUAAAUUAUUUUAACAAAUAAAUUUAUUUAAUGAAAUGUCUGUUGGAUCGUCUUGUAUUCCUUUUUAUUCAAGAAUAAAACAAAAAGCCAACUACAUUCUUCACUUGUUCAGAAUUCAGAUAUCCUUUAUUAGAAUGCCUCUUUGAAAAGGA